AUGGGGAUACAAGUAUACAUAUCUCAAUCAAACCAUGGGGAUACAAGUAUGUACAUAUCUCAAUCAAACCAUGGGGAUACAAGUGUGUACAUAUCUCAAUCAAACCAUGGGGAUACAAGUGUGUACAUAUCUCAAUCAAACCAUGGGGAUACAAGUAUGUACAUAUCUCAAUCAAACCAUGGGGAUACAAGUAUGUACAUAUCUAAAUCAAACCAUGGGGAUACAAGUAUACACAUAUCUAAAUCAAACCAUGGGGAUACAAGUAUGUACGUAUCGGAAUCAAACCAUGGGGAUACAAGUAUGUACGUAUCUGAAUCAAACCAUGGGGAUACAAGUAUGUACAUAUCGGAAUCAAACCAUGGGGAUACAAGUAUGUACGUAUCUGAAUCAAACCAUGGGGAUACAAGUAUAUACGUAUCUGAAUCAAACCAUGGGGAUACAAGUAUGUACAUAUCGCAAUCAAACCAUGGGGAUACAAGUAUGUACAUAUCGGAAUCAAACCAUGAGGAUACAAGUGUGUACAUAUCUAAAUCAAACCAUGGGGAUACAAGUAUGUACGUAUCUGAAUCAAACCAUGGGGAUACAAGUAUGUACAUAUCUGAAUCAAACCAUGGGGAUACAAGUAUGUACAUAUCGGAAUCAAACCAUGGGGAUACAAGUAUGUACAUAUCUAAAUCAAACCAUGGGGAUACAAGUAUGUACGUAUCUGAAUCAAACCAUGGGGAUACAAGUAUGUACAUAUCUAAAUCAAACCAUGGGGAUACAAGUAUGUACACAUCUGAAUCAAACCAUGGGGAUACAAGUAUGUACGUACCUGAAUCAAACCAUGGGGAUACAAGUAUGUACACAUCUGAAUCAAACCAUGGGGAUACAAGUGUGUACGUAUCUGAAUCAAACCAUGGGGAUACAAGUAUGUACGUAUCUGAAUCAAACCAUGGGGAUACAAGUAUGUACGUAUCUGAAUCAAACCAUGGGGAUACAAGUAUGUACGUAUCUGAAUCAAACCAUGGGGAUACAAGUAUGUACGUAUCUGAAUCAAACCAUGGGGAUACAAGUAUGUACAUAUCUGAAUCAAACCAUGGGGAUACAAGUAUGUACGUAUCUGAAUCAAACCAUGGGGAUACAAGUAUGUACGUAUCUGAAUCAAACCAUGGGGAUACAAGUAUAUACGUAUCGGAAUCAAACCAUGGGGAUACAAGUAUACACAUAUCUAAAUCAAACCAUGGGGAUACAAGUAUGUACAUAUCUGAAUCAAACCAUGGGGAUACAAGUAUGUACGUAUCUGAAUCAAACCAUGGGGAUACAAGUAUAUACGUAUCUGAAUCAAACCAUGGGGAUACAAGUAUGUACAUAUCGGAAUCAAACCAUGGGGAUACAAGUAUGUACGUAUCGGAAUCAAACCAUGGGGAUACAAGUAUGUACGUAUCUGAAUCAAACCAUGGGGAUACAAGUAUGUACGUAUCUGAAUCAAACCAUGGGGAUACAAGUAUGUACACAUCUGAAUCAAACCAUGGGGAUACAAGUAUGUACGUAUCUGAAUCAAACCAUGGGGAUACAAGUAUGUACGUAUCUGAAUCAAACCAUGGGGAUACAAGUAUGUACACAUCUGAAUCAAACCAUGGGGAUACAAGUAUGUACGUAUCUGAAUCAAACCAUGGGGAUACAAGUAUGUACAUAUCGGAAUCAAACCAUGGGGAUACAAGUAUGUACGUAUCGGAAUCAAACCAUGGGGAUACAAGUAUGUACGUAUCUGAAUCAAACCAUGGGGAUACAAGUAUGUACAUAUCUGAAUCAAACCAUGGGGAUACAAGUAUGUACAUAUCUGAAUCAAACCAUGGGGAUACAAGUAUGUACGUAUCUGAAUCAAACCAUGGGGAUACAAGUAUGUACGUAUCUGAAUCAAACCAUGGGGAUACAAGUAUGUACGUAUCUGAAUCAAACCAUGGGGAUACAAGUAUGUACGUAUCUGAAUCAAACCAUGGGGAUACAAGUAUGUACGUAUCUGAAUCAAACCAUGGGGAUACAAGUAUGUACAUAUCGGAAUCAAACCAUGGGGAUACAAGUGUGUACAUAUCUAAAUCAAACCAUGGGGAUACAAGUAUGUACAUAUCUGAAUCAAACCAUGGGGAUACAAGUAUGUACAUAUCUAAAUCAAACCAUGGGGAUACAAGUAUGUACGUAUCUGAAUCAAACCAUGGGGAUACAAGUAUGUACACAUCUGAAUCAAACCAUGGGGAUACAAGUAUGUACAUAUCUGAAUCAAACCAUGGGGAUGUAUGUGCUUUUCGAAAUCAAAAGAUUUGGAUACAAGUCUGUGUUUAUGAAGAUAAAACAUAG